UUCAUGUGAAUCUUUUUUCUGUUUUUUAAUUUCUGGCUUAAAGCCUCUAUCUCAUCAUCAAGGUGAUCAGAUUGCCACAGAUUGCUUUGCCUCCCGGUGACUAACCAGGCUGGCUUCCCAGACUGUGGAGUGCAUACUCAUUGAAGUGCACACCGUCUAAAGUAGAUAGCAAAGCUCUGGACGGAAGCUCACAUCCAGGUUUGCUGUAACCUACCUACCGUAGCUGUAAUGACACCAGCCCUCAGAGAGGCAGCAACAAAAGGUCAUGGUAUCCACUUGUCACCUUCUUUGUCCUCUAGAGCUAUGGAGUCUGAUACAGCUUUGUGCGUGGAAAAUUCCAGAGCAGUGGAAGAGAAGAUAAAAGAGGACUCCAUCGCACAGAUUACGUGCUCAGUCCUGGGGUUCUCCACUGCUGAGCCCAACCUCAGGAAUGAUAUCUUCAGCAUGCAGCAUUUUGGUUCUCCACCGUCCUCCAAGCACUAUCAGUCUGUCUUGUUAAUGAGCACCAAUCCUGCCUUUAGCAACAGAACCGGGAAGCAGGCGAAAGCAGGAGAGCCCAGCUGCUCCAAGGUGAGAAAUUCAUUCCAUAAUGGUGCUGACACAUCAUUUGCCCAGAUCAGUCAUUCACAGCCUGAGCAACAGGUCAAAGGAGAAACAUUUUCAGAGACCACAUCUCCCAGUUUGGCAGAAAUGCAGAGGCUUUUGGAUUCCAAUGUACCUGAGUCCAGUAACACAGAAGAAAUGCAACUUUCAAAUGGUAAAUGGUACAAGAAGAAUGGGUUUUUGGGUAGGGCUUUGGAAGUCUGCACUGAAACAAUAAAAGGGGAUUUAUUACACCAAAUUCUUCACGGGCCUUCAGAAGGGAUUUUGAGCUGCACCCAGGAGGAGGUGAGUGCUCGCUUACUCCAGUGUGUCACCAAGCAACAAAUGGAAAUCAGUCGUGCCAAAAGAACUCAGAAACGUUUACAAAUGCUCCUGGCCAAACACGUUAUCAAGCACUGUGAUCAGCAGCUGAAAUGCUUCGUGAAACAUCAGCUACAGAGAAUGAAGGUUUUCCACGAGCCAACCAGAUUUUUGAGCAGUAGCUCCCUCAGGUGCACUGAAGGUUGGCCAGAGAACAACGCAACUGCUCUGGGGAGUAGUUUGAGUGUGGAUGUACAGAACGGAGUUAGCGUUGCCCCCGGGGAAGUCCGGGGGUUUGCACUUUCUGCUGGGGGGCUGCUGUCUCGCGUGGAGCAGGAUCUGGACUCCGAUGCCACAUGCAGCAGCUCAGAUGACGAUGGUGAGGAACAGACUGUAAGAACAACGGUGGAAGCCAGCUAUACUUCUGAAUGGAAGUGGCUUGCAGACAGAGCUAGAAUUGGCAGCCGCUGGACAUGGCUUCAAGCCCAGAUUUCAGAACUAGAAUACAAAAUCCAACAACUAACUGACCUUCACAGGCAGAUUCGUGCCACCAAGGGGAUGGUGAUCAUAGAAGAAUUCCCAUUUCCAAAAGACAUUUUGAAGAAGCAAAUGCAAUUGACAGACCAAGAAGCUUUAUUAAACGCCACAGGGAACUCGCAAGCUGCCAUUGAGAGACAGGAUGACUUUGAAAUGUCACCCAGCAGCCCUACCCUGCUUUUACAAAACAUAGAGAAACAGAGCGCGCAGCUGAGUGAAAUCAUCAGCAACCUAAUUGCUCCACUCAACCUGGCUCCAGCUUCUUCAGCCCUCUCAUCCAAGCCCUGUCAGCACAGGCAGCUGGUCAAUGGCAUCUCCUUCAGAGCUUCAGACAACAGGGAGGUCUCCUCUUCCAGCAGCUGUUUGCUUGAUCAUCAGCACAUCAAGAAAAGAAGAAGAGAGAGGACAAGGCUGAGCUCUCUCUCUGUGACUAACAUGAGCACCUCUGCCCGAACGAGGCCGCUUCACAGUUUCCAGAAGAGGAAGCUCUACAGAAUGCACAGUGCCUGUUACUGGAACCAGCAGACUUGGCCAUCUAGAGAUGCCUCCUUUGCACGCAAAGCUGGGUCAGGCUGCACGGUACCAGCCUCCCCGUGGCGCAGCAGUGGGGACAGUGCAGAGCCCAGGCUGCUGGACUACGUGCAAGAGCUGGACUCUUCCUUUCAUCCUGUCCUGUCACUCCCUUCAGAUGUCCCUCUUCAUGUGUACUUUGAAACGCUAUUAAGGAAGGAUGACAUCAAAGGAGAGCCUGUUGAUACCUCAGCUCUGGGAGUGGAACUUCAAGUAUCUUCUGACAACAACUGUAACCAGCACCGAGCUUCUGCCAAGCAGUGGAGUGGUGCCUCUUUGUCUAGUGCCAGGUCUGGAGCGUCUGAGCAGCUGUCAGAAGGACGAAAGAAAAGGCAUCUGAGCGAGACAGCAGUAGGCGAUCGGAACGGCAGGCUGGAGGCACACUCCCUCCAGCAGGCGGAACCAGAGACCCAGGGCGCUUUGGCUGCCGCCGCCAACGCCAGCACCGCUGCUCGGCCCGCCCACGCCACAGCCUCGCAGCAUCACUCCAGGAGGAGGCUGAGAAGUGAGAGCUCCUACGACAUAGACAACAUUGUCAUUCCAAUGUCCCUGGUGGCACCGUCGAAGCUGGAGAAACUGCAGUACAAAGAAAUCCUUACCCCAAGCUGGAGAGUCGUUGAAAUUCAGCCUUUAGAAAAGUCUGCAGAUGAAGAAGAGGUGGAAGAUCUGUCAGAUGAAGCUUUCUCCUUACGCCACACCAAGUAUGAAGAGAGGGAGCGAGCGAGGUGGUCGCUGUGGGAGCAGAGCCGCUGGCCCAGGAGGAAUAGCAGGUCUUACAGCAGAAACGCCGAGGGCCGACACAGCCACGAUGCGGCGCAGAGAGACCAGCACAGCAGCUCCUCUGCCUCGCUGCACCCCUCUGCUGAGCUGCCUUCUGACUCCGCUUCGGAAGCCCAUGGCUCUGCUUGCUCAGGCUCUACCCAGCUCUGCAGGGACAGCCAGGAAGCAAAGUCUGGCUUGUGGGAGCUCCGAGUUUUUCCACUGACUGAUGAAGAGGCAGAAGCUCUGCUGAGCCAAGACCAGGCGAGGACUCGGACUGAAACGGCAGGUGCAGCCCUCCCCAGUGACUCUCUCUGCACUCCACCCACGGCCGCUGGCCCGCCAGACAACGGCCACCCCCCCAGAAAGCAGCCCGCCGAGGAGGCAGGAGAGCAGGAGAAGCUCUGCCUGGGCAUCAGCAGCAUGAGAAAACAAAGGUGACAGGGAAUAAGGUGGUUCAUUAGGAAAGCCAAUUAAGGUGGACAAAAGCGUAAGGUAACAGCUCUCUGUUCACACGGCAUACGACAGCACCAUCCAAAGCCUGUCCGUUAGCCGUGCGUAAUGUUUGUCUUCUUUCUUGCUUUGUAACAGGCAGGAUAAAUCCCAAAGACAACACUUUGCUUCUUCCUGACCCCCAGGAGAAAGUAAUUGUUUGAAGCUGGAAGUCCAGUGUUCCCCGUGUCGGGAGCGGGCGCACACAAAUUGCUGGCACCGUUCGCUUUCUGUUGUCACCUUGCCACAGUUCUUCAUAGGCAUCUCUUUCUGUUCCGUUAGUUUUCCAAUGCAGUUCUGGUUCCAGAGGGUUCUGGCACGGCAGGAUGUGCUGCCUGCCUUACCCAGCCACUUCAGCUGAGCACGGAGAAACUCAAACAGGAGUGGGGAGAAGCAGCAGGCUCAGAUCAUUCUCCCACGUGGCGUGAGCACGGGGCGGGGGUCAGCCUCUCUAAGUGCGUGUGUGUGUGAGCCACGCCUGAGACAAGGGGAGGUGAGAGCCAGCAGGCUCAGAGCAUCCAGCUCACAUCUCUACUCUGCUCUCAGUAGUGCCAGGGCACCUCUCAGAUAGGUGUCCCUCAAGCAAUAAGCUAGAACUAGAGCACUGCAUUUCAAUAGGCAACAUAUCUGCUACUCAGACAAUAGGGUUUCUGCUUCAGCCCUGUGGGUACAGAGACAGAGGGGAAGAGGAGUCGAGUCAGAUCAGUGGAAUGUUAUUUUGGGUCAUCUUCCUUCUCUAGUCCUUCAGUAGCUAAUGAGGCUCAGAAUAUUUUGCUUUAAUAUGUUAAAGACAAAGUCUUGCUCCAGUAUCUGUACAGUGCCUUGCAAGAGUCUCAGAGGUAUGCCAGCAUUUGGUGACUAGCUGAAAAGGAAAAGAUGAGUGAUGUCUAGGAGACCAAUAAAGUUAAAAAGCCCCAAAGCCUUCCAUUGUGAUUCUGGCUAUGAGUUUUCGUUUCAGAGUGAGGAAACCAAAGCAAGUUGUUUCAGCUUGCCCCCAAACAACAGCCUAGUUGGGAAUGCAUCUGCCAUCUCAAGCGGCAUUCACGGAGAUUAAGCACUGAAUGUAGCUGCAAGCCAGCAACAGGAGGUUUUUCUGUGUAGGACAGUGGAAGGCAAUUUAAUAGAAGCCUCUGGUUUGGUGCAGAAUUUUCUUCCACCUCUAACACCUGGAAUGGCCCUGCCAGGUGACCCAGUUCUAACGUCCAUUCAAAUCUCUGGUGGGUCACAGUUGGAGGAGGUGGAGGCUGGCGGCUGGAGCCAGCUGAGCGGAGGCUCCACACUACAAACUAUUGCUACAUUGUAGUUUAUUGCACAUUCUGAGUAUUUUUUAAAACACUUUUUUAACACUGGUUUGUCUUAAACUUGAAUCUUGCUUCAGUGUCUGAUACAAUAAUCUUUGAUGCAAGGUGGGGUUUGUAAUUAAAAGUUAUUUCUAUA